GCGGCGCCACCUCCUGACUACGCAUCCGCUCAUCUUUAUCUACAUGGCGAGAGUUUCAUCACUGUAAUUCUCCGAAAUAAAAAAUUUCAACAUCAAUAGCAAGUUUUUUUUUUACAUACUGGUGUCAACAUCAAAUAACCUCAAAUAUAUAAAAAUGUCAUCGGGAAUAAUAAAGCUGGGAAGAACUAUCCGGCACUUGGGACUGACUUGUCGCUAUGCAUCUACGUCAAGUGCAGAUCACGAUACGUACGAUUUGGUGGUGGUCGGGGGUGGAAUAGUCGGAUGCGCUACGGCACGUGAAAUGCUCGAAAGACAUCCUAAUAUGAAAAUAGUUAUCGUUGAAAAGGAAAAUAAACUGGCGAUGCAUCAAACUGGGCACAACAGCGGAGUUAUUCAUGCCGGAAUUUAUUACACUCCCGGUAGUAUCAAGGCGAAAUUAUGCGUAGAAGGAUUAAAACUGUCUUACGAUUAUUUCGGCAAGCAUAAUAUUCCGUAUAAAAAGGUUGGAAAGCUUAUUGUAGCUCAGGAUCAGGAUCAGGCUAAGAGGAUUGACGAUUUAUACCAAAGAGGCUUGAAAAACAACGUACCGGAGCUUAAAUUAAUUGAAAGAAAUGAUAUAUGCAAAUUUGAACCCAAGUGCAAGGGAGAAAAAGCAAUAUGGUCACCAUGGACUGGAAUCGUCGACUGGGGAGACGUGUGUCGUUAUUUUGCUUCCCAGUUUGAAAAGAUGGGUGGCAAAAUUAUUUUAAAUUAUGAAGUUACAGGCUUCGCUGAGAAUGCCGAGUCUCAAGAUCACAAAAAACUUCUCCCUAUUUGCGUGAUGUCUAAAAAUAAAAUGAUACACACAAAAUACGUGCUAACUUGCGCGGGCUUACACUCCGAUCGGCUGGCAGUAAUGACUGGGUGCGACUUGAGUCCUAGAAUAAUUCCAUUCCGCGGUGAAUAUCUUCUGCUAGAUGAAAAUAAGAAGUACCUGUGUAAAACAAAUAUCUAUCCAGUGCCAGAUCCAAGUCUUCCGUUCCUUGGCGUUCAUUUUACUCCAAGAAUCAACGGUGACAUUUGGCUGGGUCCCAAUGCUGUGUUGGCUCUCGCUAGAGAAGGAUACAGCUGGACUGAUAUAAACAUAAGAGACUGUAUUGAGAUGGCCAAAUCUCCAGGACUUUACAAACUCUGCUUUCGGUAUAUUGUUCCUGGAUGUAUGGAAAUAGUUAAGUCGCUCUUUUACUCACUGGCUGUCAAGGACUUGCAGAAAUUUAUUCCGGAGCUCACGCGCAAUGAUAUUAAAAAAGGACCUGCUGGUGUAAGAGCCCAAGCAAUGGACGACGAUGGUAAGCUAGUCGACGACUUUGUAUUUGACAAUGGAGUUGGAAGUCUCGGUAGCCGAGUACUCCACUGUCGAAACGCGCCAUCACCAGCUGCUACAAGUAGCAUGGCCAUCGCUAAAUAUAUUUGCAAUAAACUAGAAAAAGACUUUAAAUUCUAGCAUUAAUAAAUAAUUAUAAGAGGCGAAAAAAAAAAUGACUUAUUUUUUAUAAAUAAAAAGAUAAUAUAUUUUAUAAA